GGGGAAAAUUCUCCGGUAUUCACAUAUAGCCAUCACUUAUAAACCCUAAUUCCCAAAAUCCAAAAUUUUAUUAUAUUUUCAGACAGAAUGAAAAGAAACCUGAUAAAGAUUUAUCUCCACUUACCAAACCAUCUUUCUUCCUCAAUCGCCACUUCAAUUUCUCUAACACCAAACCCUAAUUUACCCAAAAUUUCCCGCCAACCCCCAUUACACACCUUCUUCAAGCAAUCAAUAAACACUUCAUCCACUGAUCAAUUGGAGGGACUGAUCGAUCCCCAUUUCAAUUCCCCAGAUAACAGAUCAAACCCACAAAUUGAUUCUGAAAAAACCCCCAAUUUGGAAGAACAAUUUGCAAUCUUGCAGGGUUCGUUGUCAGUGGAAAAGAUCGAAUCUUGUAAGUAUUCAGAUGCUUAUAUUAUUUGUAAUGCAGUUAGAGAUAAUAAGUUGGAUUUUGGUGAUAAAACCCAUAAGUUUCUUGCUAAGUUUAGGGAGAAACUGAGUGAGUCACUAGUGGUUGAUGUGUUGAAACAACUUCCAAAUGCUGAGUUAGGUGUAAAGUUUUUUAUAUGGGCAGGUAGACAGAUAGGGUAUAGUCACACAUUAGCAGUGUAUGAUGCUUUGUUAGACAUAAUGCGAUGUGAUAACGAUAAUAUACCCGAGGAUUUCCUCCGGGAAAUUAAGGAUGAUGACGAUGAAGUGUUAGGAAAACUGCUUAAUGUAUUGAUUCGAAAGUAUUGUCGAAACGGGUCGUGGAAUGUAGCGAUCGAGGAGCUCGGUAGGCUUAAAGCUUUCGGAUACAAAGCUUCUCGGGUGACUUAUAAUGCUUUAGUUCAAGCGUUUCUUGAAGCAGGUAGACUAGAUUCGGCUGAUCUUGUUUAUCGGGAAAUGGUUGAUGUAGGUUACGAAAUGGAUGCACAUACGUUAGGUUCUUUUGCGUAUUCGUUGUGUAAAAUCGGGAAAUGGGGGGAUGCGCUUGAUAUGGUGAAAAGAGGGAAAACUGUUGCGGAUACUGUGUUGUAUACGAGAAUGAUAGGUGGGUUGUGCGAGGGUUCGUAUUUUGAAGAAGCUAUGGAGUUUUUGAACCGAAUGAGGUGUGAUUCUUGCUGUCCGAAUGUUAUUACUUACCGAACGUUGCUUUGUGGGUGUUUGAAUAAAGGAAAGUUGGGUAGAUGUAAGAUGAUUCUUAGUAUGAUGAUUGCGGAAGGGUGUUAUCCGAGUCCUAAAAUAUAUAAUUCGUUAGUUCAUGCUUAUUGUAAGUCGGGAGACUUUAGUUACGCUUAUAAGUUGGUUAAAGAAACGGGAAAAUACGGCGUCCGACCCGGUCAUGUAAUUUACAACAUUUUUAUUGGUGGGAUUUGUGGAAAGAACGAGAUGCCGAGCGAUGAUAAUUUAAAUUUGGCCGAAAUGGCUUAUGGCCAAAUGAUAGAAGGUGGAUUUGUGUUGAAUAAAGUCAACGUUGCUAAUUAUGCUCAAUGUCUUUGUGUGGCCGGCAAAUUUGAGAAAGCUUAUAGCGUUAUUCAAGAGAUGAUGAAAAAUGGUUUUGUACCGGACAACAGUACGUAUAAUAAAGUAAUUAGCUUUUUGUGUGGUGCUUCGAAAUUCGAGAAAGCUUUUUGGUUAUUCAAAGAAAUGAAAAAGAAUGGUGUUGUUCCAAAUGUUCAUACUUAUACAAUGUUGAUUGAUACUUUUUGUAAAGCCGGAUUGAUACCACACGCUCGUACUUGGUUUGAUGAAAUGGUUGCAAAUGGUUGUGCUCCAAAUGUGGUCACUUAUACCGCGCUUAUACAUGCGUAUCUUAAAGCGAAUAAGAUAAUCGAUGCCAACGAGUUGUUUGAGAUGAUGUUAUCAUGUGGUUGCUCUCCAAAUGUUGUCACGCUCACGGCUCUAAUCGAUGGUCACUGUAAAAUCGGUCAAACCGAAAAGGCAUUGCAGAUCUACACAAGGAUGAAGGGUAAAGAAAUUCCCGAUGUAAAUAUGUACUUUAAAGGUACAGAAAGCAACACGUUGGACCCAAAUGUUGUAACAUACGGAGCUCUGGUUGACGGUUUGUGUAAAGCGCACAAAGUUGACCAGGCGGUCAAACUUUUGGAUGUGAUGUCUAGUGAAGGGUGUGAACCUAACAAUGUUGUGUAUGAUGCUCUUAUCGACGGGUUGCUAAAAGACGGGAAGUUAGAGGAAGCAGAACACGUGUAUUUGAAAAUGUGUGAAAAUGGAUACAAUCCAAAUGUUUUUACUUACGGGGCUAUGAUUGAUAAAAUGUUCAAGGAUAAUCGUUUGGAUCUUGCUUCGCGGGUAUUAUCCCAAAUGCUUGAAGAUUCUUGCGCGCCUAAUGUCGUAAUCUACACCGAAAUGAUCGAUGGGCUUUGUAAAGUCGGGAAGACCGACGAAGCUUAUCGGCUCAUGGAGAUGAUGGAGACAAAAGGGUGUAAACCGAAUGUCGUUACUUAUACAGCUAUGAUUAAUGGAUUUGGAAUAGCGGGAAAAGUGGAAAAAAGUCUUGAAAUUUUUAAACAAAUGGGUAGUAAAAGUUGUGCACCGAAUUACGUUACCUACAGGGUGUUGAUUCAUCAUUGUUGUGCUUCGGGCCGUUUGGAUGAAGCCCAUGGGCUUUUAGAAGAGAUGAAAAUGACAUAUUGGCCCAAACAUAUGGCGAGUUAUCGAAAGGUUAUUGAAGGGUUUAAUCGGGAGUUUUUGAUUAAUAUUGGUUUGUUAGAUGAUAUAAGUGAGUAUGAUUUCGUGCCGGUCAUUCCGGUCUAUAAACUUUUGUUCGAUAGUUAUAGAAAGGCGGGAAAGUUGGAAGUGGCUUUGGAGUUACUUAAAGAAGUUAGCUCGUUAUCUUCAUCAAUUGAUAAAGAUUUAUACGUUUCAAUGAUCGAGAGUCUUUUGGUUUCACAUAGGGUCGAGAAAGCUUUUGAGUUAUACGCGGAUAUGAUAAGUAAAGGCGGUGUUCCUGAAUUCAGUGUCUUGGUCAACUUAGUCAAAGGUCUUGUAAAAGUCAACCGAUGGGAGGAAGCAAUUCAAUUAUCGCACAGCCUUUGUUACAUGGAUAUUCAGUGGCUUUCUUACAACACAAAUGAGAAGUAGGAAUAACCGAGCUUAACUCCGUGGGGCCAAAUUUGGGCUCGAAUAGCUGUCCAUGUCAGCAUGGCAGGAAGAUGAAGACACACACUUAUGAGGUUAUUUGCCUACGUUGUUUUCUCUUCAUUCUCGUUUGUGGGACCCACUUUCAAUCAUGAGGUGGCAACUAUGGCAACAGAUCUACCCAGUCCGAGCGCCGCUUUAUAUUGAAAAAGCACUGGAGUCUCACAGAAAUGAGUUUCAUUGUUAGAUGUUACAUGUUUAAUGAAGGGGUAUAUAUGUAUUUUCACAUCAUUAGCAUGACUGUCUGUGGUGGGACUCUGCAGCUAGUGUAAAUCAUUUACAACAUACAAGGACUUAGAUAUGGAUGAGUUGACUAUUUUACCCAGGACAAAGUGGCUGGGAGAUGUGUGCUCUGGUGGAUUCUAUAUGUCAAUAGGUGAUGUAACAUAAUUUAAUUUUUUGACAUAUAUACCCAUUCAGUUUAAUGCUUAUUUCUAUUUUAAAUUUU